AUGGCAACCGACGGAACCAAGAUCAAGGUUAAGAAUCCCGUUGUGGAGUUGGACGGUGAUGAGAUGACCCGUAUUAUCUGGAAGGACAUCAGAGAGAAGGUGAGUUCUCCACGUUUCCUUGAUAUCGACCUCAAGUACUACGAUCUGGGUCUCGAAUACCGUGACCAGACCGAUGACAAGGUCACCGUCGAGUGUGCCGAGGCCAUCAAGAAGUAUGGUGUCGGUGUUAAGUGCGCCACCAUCACCCCCGAUGAGGCGCGUGUGGAGGAGUUUAAGCUGAAGAAGAUGUGGCUCUCCCCCAACGGAACCAUUCGUAACAUCCUCGGUGGUACCGUCUUCCGUGAGCCCAUCGUCAUCCCCCGUAUCCCCCGUCUGGUCCCUGGCUGGACCAAGCCCAUCAUCAUCGGUCGUCACGCCUUCGGUGACCAGUACCGUGCUACCGACCGUGUCAUCCCCGGCCCCGGAAAACUGGAGCUUGUCUACACCCCGGCUGGCGGUGAGCCCGAGAGCGUCACUGUUUUCGACUUCCCCGGCGGUGGCAUUGCCCAGACUCAGUACAACACCGAUGAGUCCAUCCGUGGCUUUGCCCAUGCUAGUUUCAAGAUGGCUCUCGACAAGGCCCUGCCCCUGUACAUGAGCACCAAGAAUACCAUCUUGAAGAGGUACGACGGCCGCUUCAAGGACAUCUUCCAGGAAAUCUUCGAUGCCGAAUACAAGAAGGCCUUCGAUGCCAAGGGUAUCUGGUAUGAGCACCGUCUGAUCGACGACAUGGUCGCCCAGAUGAUUAAGAGCGAGGGUGGUUUCGUUAUGGCCCUUAAGAACUACGAUGGUGAUGUCCAGUCCGAUAUUGUUGCUCAGGGCUUCGGUUCUCUGGGUCUGAUGACUUCUACCCUCAUUACCCCCGAUGGUAGCGCUUUCGAGUCUGAGGCUGCCCACGGUACCGUCACCCGUCACUACCGCGAGCACCAGAAGGGCCGCGAGACCUCUACCAACCCCAUUGCCUCCAUCUUUGCCUGGACUCGUGGUUUGAUCCAGCGUGGCAAGCUCGACGAGACCCCUGACGUCAUUGCUUUCGCUGAAGAGCUUGAGCGUGCCUGUAUCGACGUGGUCGACGAGGAGGGUAUCAUGACCAAGGACCUUGCCCUUGCCUGCGGCCGCAAGGACCGUGAGGCCUGGGUUACUACUAGCGAGUACAUGGCUGCCGUUGAGCGCAGACUCAAGGCUAACCUCAAGGCCCGCCUGUAA